AACAACGCAUGCGUCACUACGGUGUUGACAUUCCUAACAACAUGGCUUCUGAGCGUACGUUGGAAGACUUAAACCUUAGUAGAGAUGAAGUCAAAAGACUUGGAGAAGCGCUCAAAGAUGAGCAGUUUCGAAAGUUACUUUGUGAGUAUGCGGAAGAAAUUUCCAACCCGGAAAAUAUGCGCAAAGCAGAAGAAGAAAUAGCUAUGAUGGAAAAUGAGAGAGGCAUGAGUGUUCAAUUUAUUCAUCCUGAACCAGGUUAUGUUUUAAAAACUACUGUAAACGGGUCUAUCAAGGCAUUUAUAAAUAUAUGUCAGAACGACAAAAUUGAUAAACCAAAAUCUCAGAAACAAACCAGUCCAGAUGGUAAAAGUGGACUUUUGUGGCAAAUUCCUCAUUCAUUUGCACCCCCGAAAGAUGAUUUUGAUAAGUCCAAGCUAAAGUGCCAAGUAUAUGAUGUUGUCUUUCACCCUGAUACUUAUAGAAUGGCAAUAAAAAAUGACAGAUUUAAAAAACUUGUUGAGGACACUGCUCUAGAUGGUAUUGAGCGUCAAUUUGGUGUGACCCUUGAUAAAAAUAACAUUAAGCGACCCAAAUUAAAAUUCAAAGGAAUGAAAACUGCUACCAUUCUUCGAGAGAGGAAACACGAUAGUGAUUCGUAUCAAAUGCCACCUGACGAUCUUCUGAACCAAAUGCCUUAUCCUUAUGAUUCCAAAACCUCCUAUGAAAAAGCUGCUGAAAAUGAAGCGAGGCAUUCAAAACAGAAAACAGACAACAAAAAUGGAAAUAAAGGUAAAUCAGAAGAAAGAAAAUUUACAGAGCCAAAGUACUCAAUUACCCACCGCUCUCACAUAGAUAUGAGUGAAUAUCGAAAUGCUCCUGAUGCGAAGACUUCAACUCGCCCUAAAGAACUUGUUAUAAAAAUUGAGCUGCCUCUACUUAAUUCUGCUGCACAGGCCAAUUUAGAUAUCUUUGAGAAAAGACUGUUGAUUACAUCAGUCUCCCCUGCGGCAUAUAAAUUAGAUCUAGCAUUGCCCUAUCCAGUGAAUGAAGAUGAAGGAACUGCAAAGUUUGACAAGUCAAAGAGAUUAUUGAUAGUGACUCUCCCAGUAUUGCCUGACAAAACACAGCCUUUGCCUUUUUCUGAAAUGAGUGACCAUCAGUCUGUUAGCGAGAUAACCCAGAAUAGCUCCACCACUGACAUAAUAGAUGAACAUCUUGUGAAAGAAUUAAAUACAGACAAUAGUGGUGUGUCAAAACCAGAACUCCAGUCAUUGAAGAAUACUCAAGUAAAUGAUGCUGAAAACAACCUGUUUCCACAAAAUGUAAAGUGGGUUUUGCCAGACUAUCAGUUUUCACAGGAUAAUGAAACAGUUUCUUUUGUUAUCAAAGUAAAAAAUGUUGAAGAAAAUUCAACAAAAAUGCUUUUCCCUCAAAACACCAUGGCUAUUAUACAGUUUAUAUCAUAUGGUGCUGGAUGUUUUCCCAUUUAUUACAGCAUGUGUGUUAAGUUUCUUGAGGGUUGUUGCAUUGCUUCUGAGCAUGGCAGUGUUGAUGUUAGUAAUGACAAUUUAGUUUUCAUUAUUCUUAAGCAGAAAGAAAGCAGAGGAUUGUGGGAUACAUUUGAAAUUGGAGUUGAUGAUACAAAACUGGAAGUGAGGCAAUUUCUAACCGAAAGCAAUUUGCAAAGAGAGUUAUCUGAACUUGAUCAAGAAGCAACUCUUCAAGAAUCCACCAUGCCUGUUUUAGUGGAGGCGCUCCCAGAAUUGUCAGUUGUUACAAUGGAGGAGGCCAGGCUUACAAUUGAGAUCAAGCCUCCUAAAGCCAAAAAGUACAAGCCUGAAGAUGAAGAGCUUGAUGAUGAAGACUAUGAACCCCCUUCUUCUGCAGAGAUUGAAGUCAUACACAAACACCCUACACCAAAUCUACAUAGUAUUUUGAAAACACGAACACCUUCAGAGUCUAGUGAAGAAGUAAAUGGAAUGGAACCAGAAAGUCCUAGAUCUGAAGGAGAAGAACUCUCCUCUUCUUUUAGCAAGAAAAGAUCAGUCUCUUUUAGCAACCAUGUUGACAAAGCUUCAUUCAAAUCAUUUGCUUCCGUUUCCAGCAUGACGACGGUGCUGAAAAGCAAAAGACGGCGUCAGCGCAAGCGUGAUGAAAAGCGCCAGGGAAGAAUGCGCAGGGCCAGUGAGGGCACUAGCAGCAGCGAAGAAUGCAUUAAUUCAUUAGAUGCUCACUCUCUGAGCGAAGGAGAAAGCUCAUUGGAAAAGCCUUUGCCUAAGUCAGGUCUUUCUCGUGCCUUGUCAGACCCUGGCCCUAAUAUCUACCCUGACAAGGUUAACCAGAAAGAAAAAAAGAAAAAUGGCAAUAAAAAAGGCAAAAAAGGAAAUCAUAUUUCAGAUAAAAAGCCUGAAUCAAUACCAAAAGAUGCUAGUGUCAUUGAUUUUAGGACUAGUGGUGCACAAAGUGGUGAUAAACUAAUAUCUUCUGAAACCUGUGAUAAUUUUGAAGAAAGUUUGAAAGGUAAGCCUAUUGAUAGGAAUGAAUGCGGUGAAGUAAAUGGAGCCGAAAAUUUCCUUGAAAAGGAUGGGGAUAAGAAAAAAAAGAUUAUUUCUGAAAUCAGGAGUAAACUGGCUGGGGGUGACACUACUGGAGAAACACCUUGUGACAGACAUGAUAGUGAUGACGAUGAUUUUGUAGAUGCUGUGAGCUCAAUGGCAGAUGAGUUCAGUGGAAAAAUUUCUAUCACUGACAAAUGUGAUAAAGAGAAUGUUGUGUCAACGAGUUGCGAUCAAGUUUUUCCAGUGAACGAAGAUGAUCAAAAGAGUGGACCCCAGAAGAAAUUGACUGCUGACAGACUCAAAGAACAUUCCGAUGUUGAGACUAUCUUAAGCUGGGAGGAUGGGCCACAAAGAAAUGAUUCAGAACAUGUGACUAAAUGUCCUUUUGAGUUUUCCAAUGCUUUGAUUUAUGAGCUAGAUAUUGAUUGAGAACAUGGGGAGAGGCUGUGCUGACAUCAGUUUAUCUAGUUAAAAUUAUUAUGAUUUAUUUAGGGAAGUGUGGAUUUUCUAAUGAAAUUAUACUCUAGCAAUUCUUUUUUAUUUCUGUUAUUAACUAAAGUAACCAGUUAAUUGGUUAACAGAAAUGCUAGUGUGUGGGAUAAAUAAAACCCUUCUAUUUUCACUUAA